AUGGGUAGAUCAAAGAGAAAUCCGUUCUUCACGCCGAUCCGACAAAUCGAUGGCCGUCGGAAUUGUGUGAAUAUCCGCGGCGUGUGCAAGUUCAUGGGAAGCCCGACUGAUACCAAUUUUCGCCAGGUGAGAUAUGAUAGUUCUCUUGAUGAGACAUAGUUCAUUUCAGUACACAUUCUUCCACAUUUUCGACAAAAAUGGUGACGGGAUUCGGGUUUGGGCCGAGAAUGAGGUCGUCGAGGAAGUCAUGUACAAAGUUCAGCCAAAUAAGGUUUGAUGGGAAUAUUUCAAAUCAAUUCACUGUAUAGUAUACAGUAACCGGCUUGUAAAAACGAGUUAUGAAUAAUUUUGUACCAUCACCAAUUCAAAAUAUCUCAUUUCUUAUCAAAAAUAGCAAAAUUUGAAAAGCAGUGAGAUCAAUAUUAUUUCAAAUAACUUUAGAUAACGGCAAAAAUUAAAGUUAAGACCCGAAAAAACGAUUUUUUAACCUCCAACAGGGUCUUGACCCUUACGCUAAUUCAUAUGUGAUAGGAGUGAAUAAUUGCAAAAAAAUAAAGGCAAAAAAUAAAACUACAAGACAGGAAAUCGAACCAACGAGUCUUUCAAUCGAUGACAAGAAGCUCAACCACUAGAAUAAUCAACAAUUCAAUCCUUAUUGGGUCAAAUUACAGACCUACGAAAUAAUCAACGCUUACGUCAGUGAUAAGAAUGAUCGGGUCAACUUCCUCCACAGAGAAAAGCAACUACAGCUCGAUUGCGACUCAGAGGCGAGAAAAUGGAUGAAAAAACUUCGAUUAUUGGAACUUCAGAUCAGCUUGAGCCAUGAAGAAGUGUUCGCGACUCGAAAAGAAUACCCGAUUCUGCCACUCUCACAGCUGACUUUGGACGCGCCAAGGCCUUUUUCGGUGCUCGGGCGCCUCACCAGAGUCUUUCCAGUUGAAUAUGUUGGUUUCUAAUAUUUUCUUAUCAACUUGAAAUCGAAAAAUAGUCAACUAGAUACUUGGAAAAAUGAAAUGUGGAUCGGUUUGGCUCAAAAUCAAUGAAAUGCGCCGGCAGCUGAAAUUCCCCUUUUCUCAGCCUCAGUGGUUUGAUUUUCUUGUCUCUACAAACUAAGUUGAUUAGAUAGAAUCGUCCAUUUACUGACCCCUUACUUCUGAAGAAGUGAACAGAGCUCUAGAAGGCAAGAAUGAAAUGAAAUUCAUGCAAUAUAAACUAUUCAAGAUAGAGAGCUUUACCUAGACAAAAAGACCUUCAUCCGACUUUACCUAUCAUACACCGGCUGGAUCCCACCCCAGCCUUUUUGCGCGCGAAAAAAUUUGAAAAUGUAUUGAAGUAAGCCGCACUUUUCGGGAGGGGGUGGGGUAGGCCGCACCCAGGGUGGGAUCUAGCCGACGUAUUUUUCCUAUACCCUUACAGCUAGUUUCUGAGAGUUGCUGUUAUCAUCCUAAUAAAAAUGCUGCUGACUUAUUAGAAAAAAAGAUUCCAAAACGAAGAUUUCUACUAGUUUUUCCAGGUAUCUUCAAGGUACAGGGAUAUCGAGCCAAUGCGAAGAGUAUUGAUAAUGGACGCGAGCGGGGUCGAGCGCAAGAUGACGCUCUGGCGCAAUCAUACGCACGAAAUCGACGAAAAGGACAUCGGAUUCGUGGUUCAUCUCAAUGGAGUUAGAGUGGAGGAAUACGAUGGUUAGCUAUUUUUUGCUUUUAAGAAAAAAAUUUGUAUCUCAAGUACAGCAGAUGGCUGAGAAAGGAGGUCGUUCUUGUAAGAAGUGAGAAAUUAUUUUUGGAUUUUUUGAAUUUAUAAAGAAGUUAUCCUCAAGUCACUUCCAAGUUUCCAGCUGAAGCUUCAAACUUUCCAGCUUAUAACUAAUCUUUCUCUGAUUUUAAGUACAUAUAAUCUCUAUGUCCCCUCAAAACUUCGGAUGUCAUAUUGAAAAAAGAGCAUCCUAACGACCAAAUUAAUUUUCUUGUAACAUCAAAACUAUCGAAACUAUGGAGCUUGAAAGUUUGAUGAAUGCUAUUUUCGAAAUUUUUCCAAGUCUAUUUCGCGGGGUUUUUUUUGGCGACGCCCCGCCCAUUUUUUUUUCCGUAAAGUGUGGUGUGUCGUGUGCAUGCACCUCGGCGCUCUCGCACAUGCCACGUUCAAAAUAUUUUUCGCAUAAUUAUAAAUUUUAUCUCAAUUUCUGAAACUCAGUUAUAUUUUUCACUCUCUGGUAGGUAUUUUGAAUUUCGCAGAAGUACUUUCAGCACGGCAUGUGUUUAAAAAAAUGAAACAGAAAAAUCGCUUAUUUUCAAAAGGAGAAAUAGAUUCGUUUCAAGACCCAUUUAUGCGCCUUCAAUAUUUCCUAUUGUUUACCCGUUUUUCCCAUGACGUCACAUGGGAACGGCGGAGGUUUUGACCACGCCCCCUUAAUUUUUGGUUUUACAUUUUGUUCUACUAACGAAAACGCCGAAAUUUUUGAGAAUUCAAUUUCAAAGCAUCAAAGAUACUGAUAAGAAGCUGUUCUAUCAAUUACGACAGCUGAAAAAAUCUUUAGUUUCUUCUUUUUUACAAAAAGUUGAACGCGUGUGUUUCAGACAAUGCAUUUAAUCCGACGCGCAAUUUUUUUAGUUCGUCAUAUUUUUUUACAAAAAGUUGAACGCGUCUGUUUCAGACAAUGCAUUUAAUCCGACGCGCAAUAGAAUUUUUUCAAAAAUCUUUGAAAUAUUAUAUUUCGAGAGCCAGAAGCGCUGAAGCUAACUUUACUGUUGAAUUUUCUAUCGUCUUUUUUCUAGCGAGCCGUUUUUUACACCUUAAUAUCAAAAUAAAUAAAAAAUUCCAGGUGAUCUGGAGAUUCGAAACCUGUGCGACACGGAAAUCACAGUCUACAGACACCUCCAAGAUGCGAAUCGUAUUUAA